AUGGCGCGAACCGGGCUGCAGAAAGAGGUCAUCGAGCUGUAUAGACAAGGCGUGAGGAACGCAAUGUCCAAGGCGCCGGAUCAGCGCCAGGCGUUCCUCAUCCACCUCCGAUACAACUUCCACCACCCGCCCCUGACGUCGCGCGACUUUACCGCUGUUGAGUUCCAGAUCCGCAAGUUCAGGCGCACUCUCGAGAUGCUCUCACAGCCAUCGACACAGCGUAUCGGGCUGAGCCAAGAUAUGCGGGACUGGUGGGCGAACGAGGUGGAGCGUGCGCACGCACGCGCAACCAUCACGGAGAUGAAGAAGGCCAAGGCGGCAUCUUCAUGA